AUGGCCUCCGUCACCCGCUCCACACGGCGAGCUGAAGGCCUGCACCAGCCUCAUCGAGGUCUUCCCGUCGGCGGCCCCCUCACGCGCUCUGGUCUCGCCACGCCCACACUGUACCGCAGCGACGGCCUCCAGAAGCGGGCUAUCGAGUCGGUAGACGUUGAAAUCGACGCAUUCAAGGCCAAGAGGACGCGCAUCGCCGUCGAGAUAUUGCCCAAGGCCCACCCCGACGACGGCGUUCGGUUCAAGGUCCCUCCGUCACUACGGCAGCAGCAGCAACAGCGGCAGCAACUGCAGCCUCACCAGCACCAGCACCAGCAGCUGCCACAGCAGCAACGGACAAACACCAUCAGGCCGUCAUCACGGCGACAGCCCAUUCCCACCACCACCCUCACCGAAGCCGACACGAACCUCACAAAGCACCAGACCAAGGUCAUCAAAGGCAUCAAGCACGAACUUGAUCAACUGCAGCCGCAAACUGUCGAGAUUAAGUACCACGACCGCAAGCUUCGCUCGCGAGAAGCGACUCGAUUCAAGAGUGAGCUGUCGGCCUACUUCCCCGACUACGACGAGGUCAUCGGCAAUGACCCCAAGGAACAACACCUUUUGAACGUCGAGACGCCCAUCGUCAUCGUCGACACGAACCCUCGCGGAGCUGCGAAACUCCUCCUCCACCACCACCAACCAAGCCAAAGCCUCGGCUUUCCCGUCCGAGGAUACGGUGACCUCCUCUACACCGAUGUCUUGGAUGCCCAGCGGAUCGAUUUUGGCUUCCUCGAGACGCAGCAGAAUAGCAAAAACGUUCAAGACCCGCUGCCGGACAGCCUGUUUCAACCCAUCCACAGACGAGCCCAACGACUCGAGCGAUCCAUACGGAAUUCGGAAAAGGGGCGCGCACAACAUGAAAAAGAUCAGAUUGUCAGGCUGCUGGAAGGCCUGCAGGGUCACGACUGGCUGAGAAUCAUGGGCGUCAGCGGCAUUACGGAGACGAAGAAGAAGACCUUUGAGCCGGCUCGUGCCUACUUCACCAAGGGAUGCCAGGCGAUACUGGACAAGUUUAAAAGCUGGAACCUGGAAGAGAAGAAGCGGAAGCAGAAGAGAGGACGAGCGGUAGCGGAGCAGGAGCAAGCCGCCGAGGAGCAAGGCAUGACCGAGCAGUACCAAGAAAACGGGGUCGAGGACGAGGCCGAGGACGGCCGAGACCGGGAGGGAUCCGUCGAUUCAUCCACGUCCCAGGACGACGCGAGCGAAGCAUCCUCACCGGCCAAGCAGCUUCGACAAGAGGCCAUGGCUAGGUCCCGCAUGGCCGCUUCGAAGAGGCCGCGAGCGUCCACGCGGCCGACGCCUCCGAGACCGUCGGAACCGCCGCGCGAGUUCAAGUCAUUCUUUCGAAAGAGGCACGAGCGGGAGGCCGCACUCAACCGGAACCGCCGCACGGGUCGAAAGGUCCUCGCAUGGGGUUUGCCACUGCCCGAGUUCGACGAGGCCGACUACGUCCUCGCAUCGAGAUACCGAGAUGAGGAGACGCUCAACGUACGGGCGAGGAAGAAGCGAAGGGACAAGCGUGGUACCCGUUCCUGA